GUAAAUUUUACACUUUCGAAGGUUAAUUAUAUAGUCUAAAGAAAAUUCCCGUGAUCGAUUUUUAUAGGAUUUUGUUAAGAUGAUGAUGUUUGAUGACUUGGGGUUUUGUGGCGAUUUCGAUUUCUUCUCGUCUGCGCCGAUCGUCAAAGAGCCGGCCGACACGUGUCCUCUCCAAUCUUCGGAGCCGCCAGGUCAGCAGCAUGACCUCGCCGGCGACGAAGACUACACCGACGAUGACAUCGACAUGGACGAGCUCGAGAGAAGAAUGUGGCGGGACAAGAUGCGGCUCAAAAGGCUCAAGGAGUCGAACAGGGGCAAAGACGGCGGCGGCGGCGGCGGUGGCGGCUCGGCCCUGGAUUUAGCAAAACAGAGGCAGUCACAAGAGCAGGCCCGCCGGAAAAAAAUGUCCCGGGCACAAGACGGGAUCCUGAAGUACAUGCUUAAAAUGAUGGAAGUGUGCAAGGCGCAAGGGUUCGUCUACGGCAUCAUACCGGAGAAGGGCAAGCCGGUCAGCGGCUCCUCCGACAACCUCCGCGAGUGGUGGAAGGAGAAGGUCCGCUUCGACCGGAACGGCCCCGCCGCCAUUUCGAAGUACCAGUCGGAGAACUCCGUCGCCGGCAGAAACGAGGCGCCGAACUCCGCGGGGCCCACCCCGCACACGCUGCAGGAGCUCCAGGACACGACCCUCGGGUCGCUGUUGUCUGCGUUGAUGCAGCACUGCGACCCGCCCCAGCGGAGGUUCCCGCUGGAGAAGGGGGUGCCGCCCCCGUGGUGGCCCACGGGGAAGGAGGAGUGGUGGCACCAAUUGGGGUUGCAGAAGGAUGGGGGCGGUGGCCCCCCGCCUUACAAGAAGCCGCACGAUCUGAAGAAGGCGUGGAAGGUUGGAGUUUUAACGGCUGUGAUCAAGCACAUGUUUCCGGAUAUUGCCAAGAUACGGAAGCUCGUGAGGCAGUCGAAGUGUUUACAGGACAAAAUGACGGCUAAGGAGAGCGCCACGUGGCUAGCUAUUAUUAAUCAGGAGGAGGCGUUGGCUCGUGAGCUUUACCCCGACCGUUGCCCCCCGUUAUCCUCCGCUUCGGGGGGCAGUGGAGCUUUCGGAAUGAAUGAUAGUAGCGAGUACGAUGUGGAUGUCGGAGGAGAAAACGAGUCGGAUUUUGACGUGCACGAGCAAAAACCGACUAUCGGUUUGUUGAAUAUGGGAAUGGAUAGAUUUCAAGAACAACAACAACAACAACAACAUCAAUCUCGUGUUGUGAUUAUCAAGGACGAAUACGUCAAUAAUUUGGACUUUUCGAGGAAGAGAAAAAACCCGGUGAACGAGCUCAGUUCGAUGAUGGACCACAAGAUAUACACUUGCGAGUCCCUCCAAUGCCCGCACAACGAAAUCCGACACGGUUUUCACGACAGAAUCUCGAGGGACAACCACCGAAUUUCAUGCCCUUACAACAAGCCGCCACCCGUCUUUUCUCAAUCUUUCGUCCAAACAAAGAAUCCCGCCCCACCACCACCGCCAUUCGAUCUGACGGGGCUUGGAGUUCCGGAAGACGGUCAAAGAAUGAUCAACGACCUUAUGUUGUGCUAUGACGAUAACGCCCUCACGAACAAGGGCUCGAUUGCCCCAUCAAAAGAGGGGUACAUUCGGAAUCAAGGAAUGGUGUUGGAGAAUAAUAUAUUCGAAGACAUCAAUCGGUUCGAUCAAUGCAACAACAGGGUUGUCAUGAAUUCGACCCUCAACCCUAAUCAUCCUACGGAGAAUUUCCAGCUCAUGUUCAAUUCGCCGUUCAAUAUAUCGAACGUCGAUUAUACGGAGAGUUACGCCGGCGUUUCGAGGGAUAACAACAUGCAAAAGCAGGAUCUUGGGAUAUGGUACUGAGUUAAUUAUCUUAGUUAAUGUUGGUGUAUUAUUAUUAUUAUUAUUAUCCAAUCUUGAUAUAUUUUAACAUGUUGUCCUAGAAUUGGAUAGGGUUUUUAUAAAUGUUACAUAAAUAAGUUUUAAUUUCAAUUUCUUGUUUUUUUUUUAAAAUUUAAUUUGGGCAGCUACUAGACAAGGUUGAAAUGUCUAUUGUGGUGGUGCCCAGUUUAAAUGUUUGUUGUGGCUGUGGCUGUAUUUUGUUGACUGAACAAGUUGUUUUUGUCUGUGAGUUGUGUUGUGUGUAAUUGCAAAGAACUGUAGGAUAGUUGUUUGU